AUGGCAAAAAGCAAUAAGAAUUUUUCUGAUGUGUCAUAUUCAUUAAAAAUUGGUUCUUCGACAUGUCAUGUUUUGAAUCGUCAUAUGAAAAAUUUAAAAUAUAAUAAUAAUUAUCAUUCUCUUCCCGAAGAUGUAUCUAUUCGAUGUAAAUCAGCUAAUGUUUCAAGAACAUCAUCUCCUCGUAGUCAACGUUCGAACUCUACACAACGAUUUAUUUCACGUGAACAUCGACCAAAGACGAGUCAUUCUUGUACAAUAACUACUGACAUUAAUCUUCGUACUAAACAACAACAACAACAACAACAGAUAUUAAAUCAGAUACAUCAUCGUCGUUAUAGUCCAUUGAAAUAUAAAAAGACUAAUCAGACACUGGAUAAAACGGUAAAAACUAAUCAGAAAGUAUUAACUGAUAAAUUUUGUCAAGAAACUACUAAAGAAAAACAUUCUUCUAUUAAAAAAAAAAAGAAAACAUCUAUAGAAACAACCAUAGACAAUCAAAAACAAGAAAUAAUUCAAAUUUUUAAUGAACAAAAACAAUCACUUACUCAAUUACUUGAACAACAUAUUAGUACAAUUACUACAUCUUCAAUUAAUAUUAUUAAACAAAUUGUAAACGAAACUUUAGAAUCUCAAGAACAUAUAUCAACAAAAGAAUUCGAACAUACUUUAAUUCAAGCAAUACAACAAGAAUUACAACAAACUUUAUCAAAAAAUAUUGAUAAAUCUCAAACAAAUUCGUUUGAUGUUAAUACACUUAAUCAAUUAGAAGAUAUUCUUAUACAAACUAUAGAAAAAUAUAUUGCAACAACAAAUAAAAAUGAUAAUAUUGCUUUAAAUAAUUUAUUUAUUGAACAAAAACAAGUUUUAGUUGAUACACUAAUACAACAACGAUCAACACCAUCUAUUGAUCUUAUCAAACAAGCCGUUAUUGAUGCUCUUCGCGAACAUAAUUCUCGAUCUAUGACUCCUAAUACUAGAACAAAUAUAACAAAUCAUCAUAAGUCAAAUACUAAGAUUACUAAUAAUGAAGUUAAAAUUACUGCUAAUCUAAAUCAAACACGUGUUGAUGCAGCUUUUCGACAACAGCGUGAUACAAUUGUUGUUAAUCGAUAUUUACGUGACACUGUACGAAAAUGGACAAAUGUUCGUUCAAUAUCUUCUCUUGUGAAUAAAAUUCAAGCAUGUGGUACAAAUGAUUUCGAAAAUGCUUGGUUACUUUUUUGUUGGAUAGGUCAAAAUAUAUCACAUGAUAUUUAUUGUCAAAAUAAUUCAGCUGAAAAUGUUUUUCAAAAUCGUAUAGGUUCAUGUCAAGGUUUUGUUAAUCUCUAUUAUGAAUGUUGUUUAUUAUUAAAUAUUCAAUGUUUGAAAAUUUCAGGUUAUAUUAGAGAAAAUUUUCUUAAAAAAAAUGAAGAUUUAAAAAAAUGUACACAUUCAUGGAAUGCUAUUGUACUUGAUCAAUAUACAUAUUUAGUUGAUCCAACAUGGAGUGUUAGUAUUAAUCAUAAUACAAAUCAAAUUCAAGAUUAUUAUUUUUUAACAUCAUCUGAAGAAUUUAUUUAUACACAUUAUUCAACUGAUUAUCAAUUACUUCAACCUAAAAUAACUAAACAAGAAUUUCUUAGUUUACCUAUAAUUAAAUCAAAUUAUUAUCGAUUAAAUUUAAGUUUAUUAGCACCAAAACAAGGUUAUAAUCAAACAGAUGAAAAUAUAUUUAAAAUUUCUAUAAAAACACCUGCAUAUGUUGAUUUAUAUGCAUCAUUAAAAAUCGAUAAUAUUGAAUAUCCAUGUCAUUUAUAUACAUUAUGUCAACGUGAUAUAUAUCAAACAGAUACAAUAAAUUGUUUUCUUGCUCCACCAACUAAUGGACUUUAUGAGAUAAGAAUUUAUGCAAAAACAAAUAAUGAAACAACAUAUCAAGAUAGUAUUUAUAUGCAACUAAAUGUAUUAAAUAUGAUUCAAGCAAUUACUUUUCCAAUAAUAUAUCAAUCAUUUUUUGAAUAUAAAUGUAUUUUAAUUGAACCAUUUCGACGUCUUAUAAAAAAAAAUGAAUAUUUAUUUAUUCAUAUGAAAAUACCUGAUGCUAUUUUAAUUAAAAUUAAAAAUGGUGAUGAUUAUAUUAUACCAAAUAAAGAUGAAUAUAAAAAUGGAUUAUUAAAAAAAGAAAUUUAUAUUCAAGGUGAUCUUCAUGUAUGUGCACAAUGGAAUGAUAAAACUAAUCAACAAAUAUCAACAAUUUGUAUUUUUAAUAUGAUUUAA